UGAUAUUUGAAGUCUUUGUUAUUUUAUCCACCUGACAGUGUAAAUAUCGUUUUUUGUUGGGAAGUCCUCUGCUUCUUUCGCUAUGGAGUUUAAGCUUUUGUUGCAGUUCCUCUGUUUUUCCCACUUGUUGUUGUUGAUAUCUGGCGCCAUUAGAGAGCAAGGAGAGCGAAACCCAGAUAGGGAAGUUCUCGUUUCCUUCAAAACAGGGCUUCAAAACCGUCAUCUUCUUUCUUCAUGGAACCAAAAAAUCCAUUACUGCAAAUGGGAUGGUGUGACGUGCCAACUCGGUCGAGUCACCACGCUUGCUCUUCCAUCUCGGUCCUUGAAAGGUCCUCUCUCUCCGUCUCUUUCCUCCCUCUCAAGCCUCACUGUUCUGGACUUGUCCGCCAACUUUCUCUUUGGACAAAUACCAACUGAGUUGUCUGAGUUGACUCUGCUCGAGACCCUCAAACUCGGGUCCAAUUUUUUCACCGGGAAAAUCCCUCCCGAGCUCGGCGGCCUGAAAGCUCUUCGUAAGCUAGACCUUUCCACCAAUGCACUGAGUGGCACAGUACCGAGUCAACUGGGACAGUUGACUCAGCUACAGUUCUUGGACCUGGGUAACAAUUUCAUUUCAGGUUCUCUCCCUUCAACCCUCUUCAGAAACCUACAAUCCUUAACCUCUCUAGAUAUCUCAAACAAUUCGUUCUCUGGUAAUAUCCCACCGGAAAUUGGUGAACUUAAAAACCUGACCGCUCUUUACAUUGGCAUUAAUCAAUUUACUGGGCGGUUACCACCUGAAAUUGGUAAACUUUCACUGCUUGAGAACUUUUUCUCACCCUCCUGUUCGAUGGCAGGGCCUUUACCUGAAGAACUAUCCAAUCUAAAAUCACUCAGCAAGCUUGAUCUUUCUUAUAACCCAUUGAAAUGUUCCAUUCCAAAAUCUAUAGGAAAGUUACAGAAUUUGAGUAUAUUGAAUCUUGUUUACUCUGAGCUCAAUGGUUCAGUGCCAGCAGAGCUUGGAAACUGUCAGAAUUUGAAGAUGUUGAUGCUGUCUUUCAAUUCGUUAUCCGGGUCCUUGCCUGAGGAACUUUCAAACUUGCCUAUACUGACGUUUUCUGCUGAAAAGAAUCAGCUCUCUGGGCCAUUGCCGCCGUGGCUUGGGAAAUGGAACCAGGUUGAGUCCUUGCUGCUUUCAAGCAACCGCUUUUCAGGUAAUAUCCCACCUCAGAUAGGGAAUUGUUCAAUGCUGAAGCACCUUAGUUUGAGCAAUAACAUGUUAGCGGGUUGGAUACCAAGAGAGUUAUGCAAUGCAGAGUCACUUUUGGAGAUUGAUCUUGAUGGUAAUAACCUUUCGGGUUCCAUUGAAAAUGUGUUUGUGAAGUGUAGAAAUCUUACUCAGUUGGUUUUGGUUAAUAAUCACAUCAAUGGUUCAAUACCGGAGUAUCUUUCAGAGCUUCCAUUGAUGGUUAUUGACCUGGACUCCAACAAUUUCACUGGUAGCAUACCUGUGAGUUUAUGGAGCUCAACAAAUUUGAUGGAGUUUUCUGCUGGAAAUAACAUGUUAGAAGGUUCUCUGCCUGUUGAAAUUGGUAAUGCAGUCAUCUUGGAGACGCUUGUUCUUAGCAAUAAUCAUUUAACAGGCAGCAUACCUAAGGAGAUAGGCAAUCUGACAGCUCUUUCUGUGCUUAACUUGAACUCGAAUUUCUUACAAGGGCAUAUACCAGUUGAAAUAGGAGACUGCACGGCACUGACCACAUUGGAUCUUGGAAACAACAAUUUCAGUGGAUCAAUUCCGGUGGAACUUGCGGACUUGGAUCAGUUGCAAUGCCUGGUUCUUUCUCACAAUAAUCUAUCAGGUUCAAUCGCUUCGAAGCCAUCUUCAUAUUUCCAUCAGGCUAAUAUGCCGGAUUUGAGCUUUGUUCAGCAUCAUGGAGUAUUUGAUUUGUCAAACAAUAGAUUGAGUGGUCCAAUACCUGAAGAAUUGGGAAACUGUGUGGUUGUUGUGGAUCUUCUUCUCAACAACAAUAUGCUUACUGGCAAGAUUCCAGGAUCACUUUCUCGUUUGACGAAUCUUACAACUUUGGAUUUGUCUGGAAAUUUGCUAACAGGUUCAAUUCCUAUAGAAUUUGGUGACUCCCUCAAGCUUCAGGGCUUGUAUUUGGGGAAUAACCAGCUUACAGGAACCAUCCCUGGAAGCUUGGGUCAAGUCGGUAGUUUGGUAAAGCUAAAUUUGACUGGCAAUAAGUUAUCUGGUGUAGUUCCUGCUAGUUUUGGGAACUUGAAUGAGCUAACUCACUUGGAUUUAAGCCAUAAUGAGCUUGCUGGUGAGCUACCUUCGUCAUUGUCCCAGAUGCUUAACCUGGUGGGGAUUUAUGUUCAGCAGAAUAGGCUCUCUGGUACGUUGGAUAAUCUUUUCCCCAUUUCCCUGGCUUGGAAGAUUGAAGACAUGAAUUUUAGUAAUAACAUUUUUGAUGGAAACUUGCCACAAUCUUUGGGCAAUCUGUCUUACUUGACAUACUUAGAUCUUCAUGGGAAUAAGUUUACUGGUGAGAUUCCUUCAGAAAUUGGUAAUUUGAUGCAACUGGAGUAUUUUGAUGCAUCUGGAAACAGGUUAUCUGGACAGAUUCCAGAGAACUUAUGCGGCCUGUUUGGUCUAUUCUACUUGAAUCUGGCAGAAAACCGGUUGGGAGGACCUGUGCCCAGAAACGGCAUUUGCCAAAACCUGUCAAGAAUUUUUCUUGCUGGGAACAAUGAUCUGUGUGGGAGAAUUAUGGGUUUAGAGUGCCAGGUCAGAAGUUUUGACAGAUCCUCUUUGUUAAAUGCUUGGGGACUUGCUGGGGUUGUAGCUGGAAGUGUCUUUAUCAUUUUUACUUCAGCCUUUGCUCUACGGAGGUGGAUUACGAGAAGCAGUCAGCACAGUGAUCCGGAAGAAAUUGAGGAAAGCAAGCUAAGUAGCUUCAUGGACCAAAAUCUCUACUUCUUAAGUAGUAGCAGGUCAAAGGAGCCUUUAAGCAUCAAUAUAGCCAUGUUCGAGCAGCCGCUGCUGAAAUUGACAUUGGCUGACAUUCUCGAGGGCACCAACCAUUUCUGCAAAACAAACAUCAUUGGAGAUGGAGGCUUUGGAACUGUUUACAAAGCUACGUUGCCUAGUGGAAAGACUGUUGCAGUUAAGAAGCUAAGCCAGGCUAAAACACAGGGCCACCGAGAAUUCAUAGCUGAAAUGGAAACCUUGGGCAAGGUGAAGCACCAAAAUCUUGUUCCAUUGCUUGGCUACUGUUCUUUGGGUGAGGAGAAGCUCCUUGUAUACGAAUACAUGGUUAAUGGAAGUUUGGAUCUUUGGCUAAGAAAUCGCAGUGGGGCUCUCGAUGCCCUUGACUGGUCCAAACGCUUCAAAAUUGCAAUGGGUGCUGCACGGGGACUAGCUUUUCUUCACCAUGGUUUCAUUCCUCAUAUCAUCCAUAGAGAUAUCAAAGCCAGCAAUAUCUUACUCAGUGAAGACUUUGAAGCGAAAGUCGCUGACUUUGGGCUGGCAAGACUGAUUAGUGCUUGUGAAACUCAUGUUAGUACUGAUAUUGCUGGGACUUUUGGUUACAUUCCACCAGAAUACGGGCAGAGUGGUAGGUCUACUACAAAGGGAGAUGUUUAUAGUUUUGGUGUAAUUCUGCUGGAAUUGGUGACAGGGAAAGAGCCAACAGGCCCUGAUUUUAAAGAGAUUGAAGGAGGGAAUUUAGUUGGGUGGGCGUCUAAGAAGAUCAAAAAGGGUCAGGCUGCCGAUGUUUUAGAUGCAAUGGUUCUGAAUGCGGAUUCAAAGCAGAUGAUGCUUCAAGUGCUGAGUAUUGCUGCAGUUUGCCUGUCUGAUAAUCCUGCUAACAGACCUACCAUGCUUCACGUGUUGAAGCUCCUUAAAGGGAUCAAGGAUGAGUAACUGCCUUUGUGCUAGGAGGGUUUUUUUUUUUUUGAAGGGCUUGUGCUAGGAAGUUUUAACUGGUUUCCUUUUGUAAUAAUCUUGUAAAAUACUUACAAAGAAGCUAAAAUCUCUAUGGUGUAAUAUUUUCAGUUGCUAAUCUAAUUAUAUUUAGCUUUGACCCUUCUCAA